AUGGGUGCCUUGACAACCAGUGACUACGCAGCCGCGACAGACGGCUCCCAAAUCUACCUUUACUACCAAAAUGAGUCAGGCGAACUCCGCGAAGUGACCUCCGCGGACGGAUCCAUCUGGACCGAAACUCCCAGCGCUGUCGCCACCAAGCUCAAUCUCGGUGGCUCUCCCAUCACAGCAUACUACGUGAAGCAUGAUGGUACCUCGCAAGGCAAAUCCUCGAUUCACGUCAUCUACCUCGAUGACCAGGGAACCCUGCACGAACUGGUCAAAUCUCCCCUCGACAAUAAGAACUGGGAAGAGCGCACCCUUGAGGACGAUAUCAAGAAAGCCCCAAUCGAGACAUCCCGUCUCUCCAGUGGAAUCUGCCAUGACAAUCCUGCCGGCGCACACCAUGGCGCCGAAAGCAAGUUCAAAUGGAGAUACCAGAAGAUCCUACCUGAGAAACCGGCCUCUGCACUCCCUGGAACCCAAAUUGCGACUAACCUGACCAAUCCCACCACCCAUCUGUAUUUCCAGGACCACGAAGGUGCUGUAUCUGAGUAUCUCGGCGGCUACGAUACGUGGAGCGACCACACAGACAUCAUCAAGAAAGAACAAGUGGAGAUCAACACCCCCAUCGCCGCGGCGAACUCGUCUGUCCCGGACAAACCCUUCGUCUUCUACGUGUCGAAGCUCGCGCCGUAUCAGAUCCUGAACUACAAGGACGGUGACCCAGUCCAGGUGGCGAAAUACUAUCCUGGUACAAAGCUGGGGGCUAUCACUGUCGGACACAAGGUUUAUCUCUUCCAUAAGCCAAUGGAGCAUCCCGGUAGUGUCUGGACCAGGGUGUCGGAUGAUACGGAUGGUAGCUCGUGGAAAUUGGGCGCGAAGGUCGUUACCUAG